CACCGCCUCCUUCCCGGCCUCCCGCCCCGCGCUCCGCCCCUGCGGAAGGGCCGCGGCCGCUUCACAUCCACGUCCGGGGGCGCAGCUCUGCGCUGUCGGUGCCCGGGGGCUUCCGCCGCGCUCGCCGCCGCCGGUGUGCGAUGACAACCAUCUGCGACCUGCCCGAAGACGUCCUGGUGGAGCUGCUGUCGCUGCUGCCCGCCCGGGAGCUGGUGCGCACCUGCAGGGUGGUGUGCGCGCAGUGGCGGUACGUGGUGGAUCUGACCACCCUGUGGAAGCGCAAGUGCCAGCGGGAGGGGUUUUACCUGCAGAACUUGGACGGGAGCGUCUCGGACUGGAAGGUCUUCUACAUGCUCUGCCACCUGAAGAGAAACUUAAUCAAAAACCCCUGCGCCGAAGAGAAAUUUCAGCACUGGAAACUUGAUAAUAACGAGGGAGACAAAUGGAAGAUUGAGAAUAUGCCUGGGCCUCAUGGAACAGAAAUCGCAGACCCCAAAGUACAGAAAUACUUUGUCACUUCAUAUGGGCCGUGCUUCAAGUCUCAACUCAUCACCCUGCAGAAAGAAGGCUACUGGAACCAGCUGAUGGAUGAGAAACGCCCUGAAAUUGUAGUCAAGGACUGGUAUGCUGCCAGAUUUGACUGUGGGUGUCGCUAUGAGCUUAUAGUGAGGCUGCUUUCUGAAGACUACAUUGUCCUUGCGGAGUUCCGCCCCGAGCCGGUGGUUAUAGAGCAGUGGAAUGAUGCCGCGUGGAGAGAGAUGUCUCACACCUUCCAGAAUUACCCACCUGGGGUUCGUUACAUCUGGUUCCAGCACGGAGGCCAAGACACCCAGUUCUGGGCAGGGUGGUACGGGAUCCGAGUGACCAACUCCAGCAUCACCAUUGGGCCCCUGACAAUGUUAUGAAGGCACAAUUUGUGUUUGCUUUUACCUCAGGACUGUAACCAGGUGGUCUCAGGUGCACUUAUUUGUCUGUACUCUCUGGGUGAGUGUCCUGGCUUUGUCUUGCACAGCUGAUCUCAAACCCAGGCAGGUAGUUCUCCUUACAGCAGAACUUCUGCAGGCCUGGCCCUCUCAAAGGACUUCUGUCCUCAUCUUCCUCCUCCUGCACUGUGGAUGUUACUGCAAUUACCAGUACCCUUCCAAAGGAGGAAGACCAGGACAAUGAAACGACAUCUGUUUGUCUAGUUAGUAUGUCCUUGUGCUGCAGCCAAACCCUAAGUCUUAAACAGAAACCCUUUCUUGUUUGUUUGUGGAACUUAGAGAAGGCUAAAACGUUUCAUGCAGGUUACCAAUGCUGUCCUCAAGGGCUCUGCUACAGGGAUAAUUGGGUUUGUAUGUUAUUUUCCUGUUUUAGUUUCAUUGUGUAUAAAAACCAUGUCUUUCACAUUAGACCUUUCACAGCAUAUGGAAACCAUCAACCCUUUUUCAUAAAUGCUGUGUCACUGCUACUUAAUUUCCUUACUGUUUCUUUAAGUGUAGAUCAGAAUGGAACAUGCCUUCCCUGCCCCAAACCAGCCCAAUGUUGUUUGAAUAAACCACCAGAGAAAGAGGAGGUAAGAAAUCUCCUAAGGUGGCUCCCUUACAACAGAAGUGCCUUUUGAUUGUGUUCCAUCCUCCCUUUGUACUACCAAAGCACUUGGUUUGUACUGAACACUCUGACCCUAUAUAAAGUGUUAAAGCAGCACAAGACCUUGCUCUAGAGUACUCUUGCACUUUUUACUUGGAGGGAGCAGGGAGGCUCUGUACUGUUUGUGUUAUCAAAUUGUCUCACCAGCAAGCUCAUCUUAAAUACUAUGAACCAAGUCUUCUAUCCCUGUAUGCGCAGAGCCAAUGCUAAGGCCUUCUUCCCUCUCCUUUGACAGGUGUAGGAUUAACAGUGCUCCCCUUGUCCUCUCUUUAGGAUAUCUGGCAGGUGUCCUUGCUGGACAGACACAUUCCACCUUGCUAAUGCUGCUUGUGGCUGAAAGCUUUCCCAUAGAAAGGGAUAAGACCAAGGCUGUGUAACCCCUGCAUGGGAACUGACAGAUUCCACACACAUUCCAGAAGAUACGGAAAAGCUCCACAUAAAAUACAAAGCUCCAUACAAAAGAAUACUUGCUCACAGGGGGAGCUGGUUUGGACAGAACUCAGGUAAAACCUAGUAUUUAUUGAAGAUUACUUGGGGCAGUCACAGUGGACAGACGCUACAUAAGGCCUCACUCACCCUUGACAUGAGUCCGUUGCUGUAGUGGAUCGCUGUAUAUCGCUAUCGAUGUGCAAUGGAGAUGUCCUAUUGAGGUGAGAACUGGAGCUGUACAAAGCACUGACUGCACACUGCAGUCACCUAUGUCCUGCCCCCAGGGAUUCACUGGAACAAAACCUAUACUCACACAUGAGUGUACAUGGGAACAGGCUCUGGCUCCACAUUCCAAGUCAGUUCUAUAUACAGUGGUAAGAGCACUUGAAAUAGAGAGGCAGCAGCUGCUCUACAUUCACCCAGAAGGCCAGCUGAAGAGACAGUUAGCAAGGUAUGGUUUGUGAGAUAUCUUCAUCCACUGGAAGAUCAGAUGAGGCUUGAAGGCAAGACUGGAAAUCAAGUGCCUUUGUGGGCUCGCUCUUCGACAUAGAGCUGCAUCU